AUGAACUAUGAUUUAUUUCGUCUGAGUAAAAAAAAGGACACAUUCGAAGGAAACGUGUAUGUACAGGCACACAUUCCCGCCCAUAUAAAACCUUCAUUAAACCAGAACGUCGUGUGGGAUGAACUGGUGAAGAAGGACACUCCGCUAACAAACGCGGCAUUAAAAUAUAAAGAGUGCCCGUUUAAAACGCACCCUACCAUAGACCUGCCACUUCUAACAGGCAGAUGUGCACUUGAAAAAUUAUCAAUUUUUAAAAACAUGAAAAUCAAGUGUGCACUGAGAGGCCUGGUGUACAAAAUUGGAACAUGUAAACCCAUGAAGCAUCAGAUUGUGAUUAAAAACUUAUCGGACGGCAAAAUACGAUGA